AUGGAGUUUCUAGGGCUAUCUGGGAUUCUUGUUGCCUUCUUGGCAAUGCUUUGCCUUUUCUUGCUCAUGAUACUAACGUUUUCUUGGUGGAUUUUCCCUAUCCAAACACAUAAGAAGCUUAGGAAAUGUGGGUUGGGAGGGCCAACCCCAAGUUUUCCACUUGGAAACAUUAAAGAGAUGAAAAGAAAGAAUAACAUUCAAUCUUUAGUUGCAUCCUCAAAUCUCCCACAUGACAUACACUCGUACGUUUUCCCCUACUUUUCUAGCUGGCAGAAAUCACAUGGUAAGCUGUUCGUGUACUGGCUGGGCACAGAGCCAUUUUUGUACAUUGCUGACCCAGAAUUCUUGAAGAAAAUGUCAGCAGAGGUGAUGGCGAAGAGAUGGGGAAAACCAAGUGUGUUUAGAAAUGAUAGAGACCCCAUGUUUGGAAGUGGUUUGGUCAUGGUUGAGGGCAAUGAUUGGGUUCGUCACCGCCACAUUGUUGCCCCCGCAUUCAACCCCAUUAAUCUCAAGAACAUGGCAAACAUGAUGGUUGAAUCUACGAAUCAAAUGAUAGACAGAUGGGCUACCCAAAUAAACUCGGGUGAACCCGAAAUUGACGUGGAGAGAGAGAUUAUAGCGACAGCUGGGGAGAUCAUAGCCAGAACAAAUUUUUGCAUGAAAGAUAACAAUGCAAGAGAUGUUUUUGACAAAUUACGAGCUUUGCAAAUGACUCUCUUUAAGAAUAAUCGAUAUGUGGGGGUUCCCUUGGGCAAGUAUUUCAACGUGAAGAAAACCCUAGAGGCCAAAAAACUUGGGAAAGAAAUCGAUGAGCUUUUGUUGUCCAUUAUAGAAGCUCGAAUGAGUUCAGCCACAAAAAAUUCUGAACAAGAUUUGUUAGGUAUAUUGUUGCGAGAAAAUCAUCGGGCUGACGGCCAAUUAGGAAAGACAUUAACAAUGCGAGAAGUGGUUGAUGAAUGCAAGACCUUUUUCUUUGGUGGCCAUGAAACCACAGCACUUGCUAUCACAUGGACUUUGCUGCUUCUAGCCAUGCACGAAGAUUGGCAGAAUCAGUUGAGAGACGAGAUAAGACAAGUUGUGGGAAACAGCGAACUUGAUAUCACUAUGCUUGCUGGACUGAAAAAGAUGAAGUGUGUGAUGAACGAAGUUCUAAGACUGUACCCACCAUCACCAAAUGUGCAAAGGCAAGCUAGGGAAGACAUUCAUGUAGAUGAUAUAACAGUGCCUAAUGGAACCAACGUUUGGAUCGAUGUGGUAGCUAUGCACCACGACCCUGAAUUAUGGGGAAAGGAUGCGAAUGAGUUUAGACCAGAGAGGUUCAUGGAUGAUGUGAAUGGUGGGUGCAACCAUAAGAUGGGGUAUUUGCCUUUUGGGUUUGGAGGGAGAAUGUGUGUUGGUAGGAACUUAACCUUUAUGGAAUACAAAGUUGUGUUAACCCUACUUCUCUCUAGGUUUAGUUUUAAGGUUUCCCCAAGUUACCAUCAUUCACCAUCUAUCAUGCUCUCUCUAAGGCCCACUCACGGCCUUCCACUCAUAGUUCAACCCCUUUAA